ACGUUUCAUUGAAGAUCGAAAGUUUCGGAAUUUGCGCAACAAUUAUCAUUCGCAACGAUCAUAAAUGCGCGUGAUAUUUCUCGUUUUCAAUGUCUUCCGUCGCUGUUUUAAAACAUUACAGAAAGUUAGCAACGAAAGAAACCUGUCUCGCGAACAAGGAAUCGCGAAUGUAAGGAGGCGAAGUGAGAGAGAGAACGUCACACAUGGUAUCCUACGAGAAUUUUCUCUCACGUGGGUUGCGUGAACGGCCAGUAUCAAACAAGCGAACGUGUCGAAUGUCGAGAAUAAGACGAGUGGAGUAGCGUGUGGAGAGAGAGGAUACAGAGCGCACGCAGACGUGAAAAGGACGGAAGGAGGCGAGAGAGAGAGAGAGAGAGAGAGAGCGAAACGAGCGAGUCAAUGAGUGCGGAACACACGAACAGCAGUGCGCGGAGCAUAUAUGUAGCUUUAUCUGUGUUGUCUUUCGUUGUUGUCCGCAUUAUGCGCCGCUGAGUGAAUUGUCAAGUGAAAUCAGAAAUGGCUGCCAGCGAGCAACAACGUAAGGAAUCACGUGAAAGCCGGGAACCAGCCCAUCAUGCAAGACGUCCUAUGAAUGCAUUUCUGAUUUUUUGUAAAAGACAUCGCGGCUCGGUGCGAUCUGGCUUUCCACAUUUAGAAAAUAGAGCAGUCACUAGGGUCUUGGGAGAGUGGUGGGCGACCCUUCAUCCUGAUCAGAAGCGUUCCUACACAAAUCUUGCACAGGAGUACAAGGAUGCAUUUUUAAAUGCGAACCCUGACUUCAAAUGGUACAAAUUACCAGCACCUCCAUUACGUACUUUAAAUACUAGGCCUACCAACAAGAAACAAGAGUCCAGUAGUGGCAUGCAAUUUAUAGAUAGUGUCAAAUCUGAAUAUGAGUCUUCCGAUUGUACAAAAUCAGACAGACGGGAUGGACAAUCAAUCCAACCAGGCAAAUUAGCAGAUGAAUCACAGAUUGGUGGACUCAGUUCUCUCUUUACUCCUCAGAAGAUAGAAACAUCUGAAGAACAGACAACAAUUAAUGAUAUGAUCGAAAAUGAUACUGUUCCAAAACCACCAAAAAAGAGAUACACAGAAUCACCUUUCCAAAAUGAUCAGAAAAGAGACUGCAAGGUAGAUCUUUUUGGUGAAAAGAAGAGAAAAAGAGCAGAAUCAAAUAACAACGAACAACAUGAAAUGGUCAUAGAAGAUGAAAAACAUGCAAUAAAUUCCUUUGUUACAACACAGACACAAUCAGAGGAGAAUAAUUGUCGUAGCGAAAGAACAUGUAAAGGUUUACGUUAUCAGAAAUUCCUUGCUGAGCAGAUUAAAAAUAUCGGCCCAUCUGGCCAACAAAGCAAACGGAAACGAACAGCUGGAAGCAAUGGAUCUGAUGAACAUCCAAAUGAAAGAAGAAAUUCCAUUUCUUCAAAUGUCAGUGAAAAGACCGAUUCCUUAAGCAGUGAGGGAGGAAACAGCUCUCGAGGGGAGCUAGAACAUCUUGUAGAAAGUGCUGAAGAAAAAAUGGAGGCUUCCAAACCUGAAGAUACAGAAACUGAAGGAGCUGAAGAUCAAGUAGAUUACGGACCUUGGACGGCACGUAAAAGAUUUCGUGCCGAGGAUUUUAAUUUGGAAAAGAAGAUUGAGGCACUGCCGUCUUUGAGUUUAGAGGAAUUUCAAGAAAAGAAAAAACAGCAACGUACGAAAAAAAAGAAAAUUCUGCAAAAGUUUAAUUCUUCAGCAAAUAAAAGACAUCAAAAUAAUAAUCCAUCUACUAAUGAUCAAAUAAACAGUCAAACUCAAAGAGUAAGUACGAUAAAUGAGAAUAGUGAAGAUUCAGAGAAAGCCCAUCUUGUUGGAAGUCAAAAACGAAAAGCUCGAAAGCAAACUAUUACGCGGAAUGCUGCGGCAAUAAAUUCCACCAAACAUUCUGAUGAUCAAGAAUCAAAUAAAUCUUGGUGCGCAUCUCCAGAUCUUGAAGCUUUAGCAUGUCUUGCAACAGUUGCCGCCAACAGAACGAAACUUACCAAAAAUAACAUUUAAUUAUCCAUUAAUGAUAUGUAAGAUUGCACUAUAAAAACCAAAACUUUAUUAAAUUUUUUUCCAUGUAAUUUCCUAUUACUGGGAAACACAUACUUUUCCAAGUGCUGUUAUAAACGAUACUAUUAUGGUAUCGAUAACAAUGAUUAUUGUUAGUAUCUUUAUUGUUAAUCUUUACUAUUACAGAUAUUAUAUAUAUAUAUGUAUACAUUACGACUAUUAUUGACUAUAGAUUAUUCCAUUAUUUGGUAUAUGAGAAAGAUGUUUUUUUCUUUUUUUAUUGAGAAUAAUAGUUGUAUUUUGAAAAGAUAGAAAAAUGAAAGAUAUAUAUUUUUUGUAUAAUUUUUCGCCAAUUUAUAAUUUUGUAUAAUAUUCCGCUAAUAAUUAUGAUUUUUUAAUUCCGUUCCGUUUUUUAUUUAUGGUUUGGAAAAAGUAAAUUUUAUUUAUGUGAUUUAUUGUUGUAUAUAAAAUAGUUGAAUUAUUUAAUAUAUGAUAAUUGAUUAUUUUUUAAUGCAAAGUAAAUAUUUUAUCAUAAUUAAAUUUUAAAUAUCUUAAUAGCUUUUUUUUCUACAUCAGACUUUUUAAAAUCUUCAAAUUCUAUGAAUCAUGAUAAUAUCAACAAUAAUCUGAUUAAACAUAAAGCUGUCUAUGAUUAUGUGAAGAUGAAUUGAGUUAAUUAAGUAAAACAUAAUAUAAACAUGCAAAGAUCUAUAUCAUUUUUUAUAAAAUUGAUCAUUUUUUGUUUUAAUUUCAUACAAUAUAGUUUGUUUUCUUUCAUACAAAAUCGUAUAUGCAAAUUGGCAUGAUUAUAUAUAAGUUAGUAACUCCAUUAUAUCUGGAGCUUUUAUGCAAACUAUAACUUUUAGGAGAACUUCUCAUCGUCAUUUCUGAUAAUGUGUGUACAGGCGUACACGAAAAUAUAUUUUAUCUUAUAUUUUAUUAUAUAUUUUACAGGCGUAUGAUGUGUACAUAGGUAUAGGUGCAGUAUUAUAUACAAUUAUAAAGUGAAAUAUCCUUUGCAACACGAUUUAAACAUCAAAAGGGUAUAAUCAAAA